AUGGACGACUCACGGCCUGGACCCGAGGAUGUUCAUUUUGAAUGGGAAGAUAUCAUAGAGUAUAAAACUUUCUCAACUCCAAAGCACGGAAAGAGCCCCAUUCCAAAUCGCCAUCUCUCCUUCUCGGAGUAUUCGCGGGCGGACCUGAAUUUGAUCGAUAGCGACGUUGAUGCCUCGCAAUCGAGUGAAACAGAAAGCAAUGUUAGCACCGGGCGCUCUAGUAGUGUUGCGGGAUCUCACUCAACACGCACUACCUUCUCCCUCGGCGGCGUUGACGACCUUCCCGGGGAUGAAGAGCAAAUUGAUUUUCCUUCGUACGACGAUACCAAUUCUGGCCUGCGGGUUUCGGGCUCAUGCGAUGAUUUCCAUUCCUUUCCGGCAAUUAGUCCAACGGGAGACUCUAAUUCGCCAGACUUAAUAGAACGAGCUGAAGAUGAUGUCGCAGUUGUUGCUAUCCCCUCGAGACAUGUAGAUUAUCUCUCACAUGACUGGUGUGAAGAAGAUAUUUGGUCGUCUUGGAAGCAUCUUCGGUCAAAACGAUCAGAUUAUAGCAAAAAGGAAAGAUUAGAGAAUGCAGCGUGGCGAAUUUGGGGGAAAGCAAGACAGAAUCUCGUCACAAUAAAACCUGACACCAUUAGUUGGAACAAGGAUCGCGAUGUCACUUGGCUAUACGGGCCUCUUCAGACCAUCGCUAACGAGUCAGAUUUGUGUUAUACUUCAGGAGCUACAGUAUCAACUAUACACCAGGUCUUACCCCUAAAUAUAAAGCCUAUUCUAAAGAAACGGACCUUGUACGAGACUUUGCUCCAACGCUCCAUAUCAUCGUCUUCUCUGGACAAACAACCCGAAAGCACCGCAUUUCGCCCCCAUGAUGAUUAUUUAGAGCCGAAUCAGAAUGAUCCGACCAGGAAUUCUGUUAGGUAUGCUUCCACAACAAGGAUUAACUCCGUCCAAAACCUUUCGACGGCAGGAAAAAACGUACGAUUUCACGAAAGGGUGGAGCAAUAUAUUGCACUGGAAAAGGGGGACCAUGAAGAGCCUGGAAACGAAAAUGAACUCGAAGAUUGCCUGACGAUGUAUUACAGUCAGACGCAACAAGCCAACGUGAGGUUAUACAACAAAGCUUCCUCACUGUUGGACAAAUCUGCACAGGAUCCUCCUAGUCCAAUGAAAACAAUCGCAACGCUUCCAACAACCACACUGAACGAUCCUAAGGCUACCGAAACACCUCCCAGGCCUGCCAAUAAAUCGACUUGUUGGACUCCUUCCUCCUACGUCUACGACACAUCCAUAGGGACUGUAUGCACAGUGGAGUCUGAUUCGAUCCGGGCAGUCCAUGACGAUAGUGACGAGGAAGACUGGCUAGAAUGUUUCGCUCCUCGGGAUGAUUAUUAUGCGACGUCUGAUAUGACUUCAGGCGGUGAACUCACUUCACGUGAUGUUUCUACGUACGAUCAAGUCCGAGCCCACGAAGUCGCUCAGGCAAGGUCAUCCAGUGAGAGAAAUGCUCGCUCAAAACAGGAUACCGAUAACCCUGAUGAUUUCUUGCAUUCUCACAACAUAGCGCCAUCUGGUAUCACCGCCGUCCUCGAAGAAGAGGCUGCCUCUGAAGAUACUUCAAUCAGCGAGAAGGGCUCAACAGGAACAGACUCAGACGUCGACUCAGAUACACAGAGCACAUCAGAAGACUGUAGUGUGGAGUCUGAUGAGCCCUCGAAUGGCUCUCUUCGUGACUUGGAUGUCGAGAGGCUGUCAGACAAAAAUGACAUGGGCUCUAUCCUAAACCCCAUCAAGGAAGACUUGGUAGAUAGGGUGAUGGAUGAGUUCUGGAUCCUUUUCAACCAUCAAGAAUGGGACUGUAAUAUCACCACGUGUAAUAACACCUCCCCAUCCUCAACACCAACUAGCAUCACCACAUCAAGUAGUUCAGCGCCGUCGAAGCAAGCUGAAAGGAAGCGGCAAAGGAUUGAUGACGAUGAAGGGGCUGAGGACAAUGAGGAGAGGAGAUCUCGGCAACCACGCCGAUCCUCAGCGCCAAAAGAAGGAGAUGAAACAAGAUUUGCUUGCCCCUUUCGGAAACACAAUUCGCGCCAAUAUAACAUAUACAACAAUAGAGUAUGUGCUUUGAAUAACUGGCGGUCAAUAGCGAGGGUGAAGGAACACUUGUAUAGGUGCCAUCAAGUUUCACCUCACUGCAAAAGAUGUUGGCGAACCUUCAAAACGCAGCAACAGCUUGAUUCACACAUCACAGUUGCCGCUGGUGAUAUAUGCCAUGUUCAACCGGGGAACCCGCCUACAGGAAUCACUCCAGUUAUCGAGAGACAGCUCAGAAGUAGGAAGAAGUCUCAUCCAAAUCAAAACGAUGGUGACAGAUGGAGAGAUAUUUAUAAGCUGCUAUUCCCCAAUGAAGAAAUUCCCUCUCCAUAUUUUGAGGCAGUCAAAACAGAAACCCCGUCGUCGCCUGAUUCCCGAGAACUAGCAAAUUACGAGGAGUACAUUCGGCGUGAGCUCCCCCGCCUGGUUCGUAGUAAUAUCGAGGAAGUUGUCCACCGGGAGACCCAGCCGCUGGAGGCCUCUUUGAUCGGAAGCCUCGUCGGAAUCAUUCAAGACUGCCAAGACCGAGUUUUUCGAGCAUACCGAGAAAGGCAAGGGGUUGAUCCAGAUAUGGUGACCCAAGCCAUCUCCCCGGCGAGCAAUAAUAUGUCUCGUUCAUUGCCGCGAGUAACUUGGGCUGAAGACUGGGCCGCAUACAGCUUACCUCUCCAGUCAAACUUUCUCGACGCUGCAUUUGAAGCUCCUCUUCGUACUGAACAGCCUGCACUGGACCUUUCACGGCUCGGACAAGCCGAACAACCAAGACGAGAUAUUUUCUCCGACUCUGGAUACGCAAGUGAGCCUCGCUGCAGUUGCCAGGGUUCUUGUACUUGCCUCAAUUCGGGUCUCGACACACGGAUCCAAGAUGGCAUUUCUGGUACUCCUACUAAUCGUUUCGGUUUGAGCGAUUCAAACGCCUAUCCCUCUUGGCAUCAACUUGAAUCGACGGAAGAUGAAGCUGAUUGGUGGAUGAACAUUUGA